AUGGGCCAGACCUUGAGUGAGCCUGUAACGACGAAGGAAACUGCCUCCUGCGCUAAUUUGUUCUAUAAAAUAGGUAGCUCGUGUAUGCAGGGAUGGAGAAUCAAUAUGGAAGAUGCUCAUAUUCAUCUGCUGGCCGUGCCGGACGACACCCAAGCAGCAUUUUUUGCAGUUUACGAUGGUCAUGGUGGUGCGAAAGUAUCUCAGUAUGCCGGCAUUCAUCUUCAUAAGCUUAUAGCUACUAAUACACAUUAUGUAGAGGGUAACAUAGAGGAAGCGAUCAAGCAAGGUUUUUUGGCUCUGGAUGAAAAAAUGCGAAAUGAUGAAGAAAUGCGUGAUGAUAUGUCGGGUACAACUGCCGUAGUUGUUCUGAUUAAAAACAGGAAAAUUUAUUGUGGUAAUGUGGGCGAUUCAAGAGCAGUAGCAUGCGUCAGCGGUGCUGCACAUCCGCUAAGCUUUGACCACAAGCCAGCUAAUGAGAACGAGGCAAGACGAAUCGUUGCUGCUGGUGGUUGGGUUGAAUUCAACCGUGUAAAUGGUAAUUUGGCAUUAUCUCGGGCUUUGGGAGAUUUUGCAUUUAAAAAAAAUGAUCAUAAAUCCCCUGAAGAACAAAUAGUGACUGCAUGUCCUGAUGUUACGGUGUGCGAUUUGACAUAUGACCAUGAAUUCAUUAUACUGGCCUGUGAUGGAAUUUGGGAUGUUAUGUCAAACCAAGAAGUUGUGGAGUUUUGCAGAGAGAGGUUGGCGGCCGGUUGUGAACCUGAAGCAGUUUGUGAAGAACUUCUUUCAAGAUGUUUAGCACCAGAUUGUCAAAUGGGAGGCCUUGGUUGUGAUAAUAUGACUGCAGUUUUGGUUUGUUUGUUACAAGAGGAUACAUCAGAAGCAUAUAUAGCACGUUGUUCACGAAAGCGUAUUGAAUCUGCAGCUGGCGAUGCAGGCAGUGUAGACAGUGAAACAUAUGUCACCCCACAGCCAUCACCUAUUGCAACUGAACCAAAUGAGGAGCUACUCGCGGCAUCACAGGAUAGUAUUAGCAAAUUGAAUAUUGUGGUAACGAACGAGCAGAAAUUUGCUAACAGCGAGAAGCCCUCACGAGAAUUCAUCAUUCACUUGGAUCAGACGAAAUCGACUGAUGAAAAUUCCGUGAGCUGA